AAACACGCCCUUCUCUUCUCAGCAAAUGCCAGGGCAGAAGGGCUGGCACCAUGCCACCCUGUGGGCAAAGUCAAUUUUGAAGAAUGAAUCCUCCCUUCUGCCAUGUCCCAAGUCUCCCAGUCCUUGCACCCUGGACAGCAGCCCUGGACGUCAUCCCCCAGUGGACCACGUGCAGAGCAAGAGGGCCGUUCACGUGGUGCUGGGCAACGAAGCGUGUGAUCUGGACUCCAUGGUAUCCGCUUUGGUCCUCGCCUACUUUUUGGCAAAGACCUCCCCGGACUCCAAGGCGGCCUUCGUCCCCGUCCUCAACAUCCCCCGGGCCGACUUCCCACUGCGCACCGAGAGCACUUUCCUUCUCCUUCAGCAACGUAUCCCCGAGGAAGUCCUCAUUUUCCGGGAUGAGAUCGACCUGGCGGGGCUGCACAAGGCCGGGUUGCUCUCCCUGACCCUGGUGGAUCACCACAUCCUGCCCAGCAAGGACGCAGCGCUGGAGGCGGCCGUGGUGGAAGUGAUGGACCACCGGCCCCUGGAGUGGGAGAGACCCCCUACCUGCAGAGUGACGGCCGAGCUGGUGGGCUCCUGCACCACCCUGGUGACCGAGAGGCUGUUCCAGGCACAGGUGCCAAUUUUGGACGGGCAAAUUGCCGCAAUGCUCUACGGAACCAUCUUACUGGAUUGUGUCAACAUGGCUGUCGAAGCCGGCAAAGUGACCCUGAGGGAUGCCCGUUGCGUCUCUCGACUUGAGUCCUCGUUCUCUGAGCUGCAGCCGAGGAACCGCGUCUUCGACGCUCUGCAGAGAGCCAAGUUCGAUGUCUCAGGCCUCACCACCGAGCAGAUGCUGCGGAAGGACCUCAAAAGCCUGACCAGCAAAAAAGCCACCGUAGCCAUCAGCGCCCUGUACAUGAGUCUCCAGGAUUUCUUGCAUCGUCCGGGUCUCGAACAGGAACUGGCCGACUUCUGUCACCAAAAAGGCUUCGACCUCUUGAUCGCCAUGGCCAUCUCCUUCGGGGACCACAAGAAGCCGUUUCGGCAGCUGGCGGUGUAUGGCCAACAAGCCGAAUUUCAAGAGGCGGCGUGCCAAGCCUUGGAGGGCUCUAGCAACCCAUCCCUCGGCCUGAUCCGGCUGGAGACCCCCUGCCACACCGUCCGCGCCUACCAACAGGUCAACACCGGCGCCUCGCGCAAGAAAGUCCUCCCCAUCGUCCGAGAAUUCCUGCACCAGUGGGCCAGAGCCAGUCCUACCGGCCCCGACAUGCAGCCAGAGCUCUCCAGUUGCGUCCCACCAACCAGGGUGGACCCCCAAGGCGCCGGUAGCCGCGAUCCCAGCGGGGCCGCCAAGGAUGCCCCGAAGCCUCCCCGCCUGGGUGAGGAGGCCGCUGAGGAAGACACCCUACUGCCUCCCACCCCCAUGAACAGCCUGGUGGACGAGUGUCCCCUGCACCAGGGCCUGCCCGAAGUCUCGCCCGAGGCCAUCUUCGAGAGAGUCAACCGCAUCGCCAUCGAUCGCUCGUCGGGCGGCCGCAGCCCGGAGAAGAAGUGAACGCCAAAUCCAGGGAGGCUGUCAGCGAGUGGCGGGCGUCGGGUUUUCAGCUGGAGGGGCUGAAAACAUUGUUUUUGAAUUAAUUGUAGGACAUCCUCUGUGAUUAAAUCCCCAUUGCAAUGAAGGGAAAGGAAGGGUGGGGGCUGCUGAACUCA